AUGUUACUGAAUCACGGCUUUCUAACCUGGAUAACUCGUCCAGACCAAGAGUUUUCUUUUGGAACCGCACGAGUUUUUUUUUGUCGGUGUACAAUAAAUAAUUAUAAAAGGCACGUAAUGUACCUAUUACUCAAAACUUACCUUGAGCAAUCUCGACAAUGCCACGUGCUCGUGAUUGGUGGUUCACUCGUGGCCCACAGUUUCACAUGCACCCCUAUGAGAGAAGUAGGGCCAAGUCUUCGACAAUUUUUCUACAAUGAUUUUUUUCAGGUACAAAAAACUUUUGCAACAGCAUUGGAUCAGCCAAUGAUUGUCAGAGAGCCGCUAGGUGUCGUACUGAUUAUGUCACCGUGGAACUACCCACUAACGACUCUUCUUCUACCUCUCAUACCUGCUAUAGCUGCUGGUAAUACUGUGGUCAUCAAACCGUCAGAAGUUUCCGCUAACACCGCUGCCGUUUAUGAAAAACUCUUUCCAAAAUAUUUCAAACCGGAAUACCUCAGUGUCAUAAAUGGAGGCGUCCCAGAAACAACGGAACUUCUCAAGGAACGAUUCGAUCACAUUCUGUAUACCGGUUGUCCACCAGUAGGGAAAAUUGUUAUGGAAGCCGCUGCGAAACAUUUAACUCCACCCCGUUGUGAUCGAAGACGAUCUAUCAAUGAAUUUUAUGGUAGCGAUAUCAAAGCCAGUAGAGAUUAUUCGCGGAUCAUCAAUCAAAGGCAUUUUGAUCGUCUCAAUUCACUUCUGGACUCCUCCAAAGGAACAAUUCUUUUCAUUGGCGACGAUCCCUUCUUACACGAUGAGCCAUUCCUACCACCAACUCAUCUAAACUCCCACCAAUUUUGUUUUCAGAUUUUCGGCCCAGUGUUGCCUGUACUUACCGUCAAGGAUCUCAGUGAAGCCAUAGAAUAUAUCAAUGAGGGUGAAAAACCGCUCGCGGCAUAUAUCUUUACUCGAAGUGACUCAAAAGCGAAGCGAUUCUACAUGGAAACGAGUAGUGGUGGUGUAACCAUCAAUGACGUAAUCAUGCACAUAACUGUUGAUACACUUCCGUUUGGUGGCGUGGGAACUUCGGGAAUGGGACGAUAUCGCGGCAGAUUUGGUUUCGACACUUUCACGCAUGAAAAGGCGGUGUUGAAGCGAGGUUUCUUCGGCGAAUCCCUUUUGAGGUAA